UUGAAUUUGUUUUGUAGAAAAAUGUUGCGUUCAUUGAUUGGAGCACAAAAGUGCUUAUAUCUGUUUAACAGAACAGUAAACAAUUUAAAUAAUGUGGCACCAGUGGCAUCAAUGUUAUCCAUACGGCAUUAUGCACCACCGACGCACAUUAAACAAUCGGCGGUGCCAAAUGAUUCGGGCACCAUGGCUCAGGUUAAGUUGGAGAUGAUGGAACGCCUUGGCCUGGACGGGGGUUAUCAGCCAGUGCCAAAGUCGCGUGAACAUCUGCUAAAAUAUCAGCCAAAGCUGGAGGAUCUGCCGGCGCGUGCCAUGCAGGAUUCGUUCACGUCGGCCAUUAUACCACUCAGCACGAAUCGUUCUCUGCAGGACAAGUAUGUCACCUAUUUGGGCAACGUGCGCAUGGGCAGGCUGCUCGAGGAUAUGGACAUUUUUGCCGCUUGGUGCUGUCACAAGCAUUUGAUGGUGCCUCAGCUGCCAGCUGAUGUGCAUUUGCCGUAUACGUUUGUGACGAUUCUCGUGGAUCGCAUUGAUUUCAGCAAUACUCUGGCCUCCGGCACCGAGGAUAUCCGCCUCUCCGGUCAUGUCUCGUGGGUGGGCACCAGCUCCAUGGAGGUUGUCGUUUGGCUCGAGCAAAUGCAAAAUGGCAGCUACAGGAAGCUGACACGUGCCCUGUUCCUAAUGGCAGCACGCAAUGCCACAAAUACUACGGCGGCACCAGUGAAUCCCAUCAAGCCGGCGAACGAGGAGGAGGUGAUGAUUCUAGCUGGCGGCAUGGAUCGCAAGCGCAGGCGUCAACUGAUCUGCGCCCAGUCCAUCUUCAAGGUGGAGCCCAACGAUCCGGAACAGUCGCUCAUGUAUGAGCUGUAUAAGCGGACCACGCCCAGCGACACCAUGGAGCUGAACAAGCGCAUAUUGCCGCCAAAUUGCCGCUGGAUGUCAGAUUCGUAUCAGAUGAGCACGAUUCCUUCGUUCCCCGAGAAUCGUAAUCAUCACAAUCGCGUCUUUGGCGGCUUUCUGAUGCGCACCGCCCUCGAGAUUAGCUGGGCAGCGGCGGUGCUUUACUGCAAGACGCGUCCCAAGCUGGAGCACAUUGCCGAUAUUAGCUUCGAGAAGCCGGUUAGCGUCGAUUCCUUCAUCAAGAUGACCGCCUAUGUGGUGUACACCAAACUGAACUAUGUACAGAUUAUGACCGUGGCCGAGGUGCUGGACACGCACACCGGCAACCAGGUGACCACCAAUACCUUCUACUACACAUUCUCGGCACCGCAGACCGUCACCGAAGUCUUGCCACGCUCCUAUCACGAAACAAUGUGGUAUAUACAGGGACGCCGCAAGUUCGAGUACAGCAUGGGACUCAAUAAAACCUAAACGAGUCGAGAGAUAAUAAUGAUAAUAUCAUAAUAUGAGAGGCUCUUAUGAUAAGCGCAACUCGUCAGAAAAUACUCCCACAUACAGUGAAGCUUGCUCAGUUGAACAAACUUUAAAGUGAAAUGCACAACUAGCCUAAUAAUCAAAUAGUUUAACGAAACAACAACAACAAAUCAGAAUAUAUUAAACUUAAAUUGCCAAUUAAAUUAGUUUGAAAACCAA